UGAUGAUGUGCCAAAUUGUGAACCACCGUAUUUUUGGCUGUAAUUGUACCGUCAUUAUCGUAGGAGUAUCUUUCAAUUCCCGUUCGCUUUCGACCUCACACACUGUGCGGUGCUUCCCUUCCAAUACACUCCAUUUAUCACCACUUCGCACUACACCACCCCACAUCUCUACCAACUUGCUUCCAAACCUAUCACUUCCCCAACCACACACCGCACCCACCUUCGAAAACAACCUCGCCUUCUUACUUCUUAGUUUCCUUAUUCCUAGUACCACGCAUUUCGAGCCAACAACCCACGUAACCAUGGUGGAGAGGUCCGCAGGGAAGCUCGGCUGGCUCAUCGUCCGCCCCAAAACGGUGCCGUUCGCCUCGCGCAGGACCUUCUUCGCCUUCCUCUGGGUCGCCGCGCUCGCCUCGCUUUUCGUCUGGCAGAGGAACUCCACCAACGGGCUUCUCACUCUCGACGGCAUUGCGCCCGCGCCUCCGCCGAAGCUGCGCCCCGCGGUGUUCUGUUUGACGGAGUUUGGUGGCGUUGGCGACGGCGUUACUCUCAACACGGAGGCGUUUGAGAGAGGCGUUAGGGCUAUUUCCGAGUUGGGGAGUAGGGGUGGCGGUCAACUCAACGUGCCACCUGGACGCUGGCUCACUGCGCCGUUUAAUCUCACCAGUCAUAUCACUCUUUUUCUCGCUACUCAUGCUGUUAUACUUGCUGUUCAGGAUGAAAAGUAUUGGCCACUGAUGCCUCCAUUGCCAUCAUAUGGGGAUGGAAGGGAGCAUCCAGGGCCUCGAUAUAGCAGUUUGAUUCAUGGUCAAAAUCUUAGAGAUGUUGUAAUAACAGGCCAUAAUGGUACCAUAAAUGGACAGGGACAAAUAUGGUGGACAAAGUUUUUCCAGAAGCUUCUCCACCACACAAGGGGACCUCUUGUUCAGAUAUUGUGGUCUAGUGACAUUGUGAUCUCAAAUAUUACUUUGCGUGACUCUCCGUUUUGGACACUUCAUCCAUAUGACUGCAAAAAUGUUACAGUUAAAAAUGUUACUAUAUUGGCUCCUGUGUACAACGCCCCAAAUACCGAUGGCAUAGAUCCUGAUUCUUGUGAGGAUAUGUUGAUAGAAGACUGUUACAUAAGUGUGGGAGAUGAUGCAAUUGCAGUAAAAAGUGGCUGGGAUCAUUAUGGAAUUGCUUAUGGAAAGCCUUCUAGGAAUAUAGUAAUUCGAAACCUAGUUGUUCGCUCUAAUGUCAGUUCCGGGAUCUCAAUAGGGAGUGAGAUGUCUGGUGGGGUAUCCGACAUCCUAGUGGAGAACAUUCUUGUAUGGGAAUCAAGGCGUGGCAUGAGAAUCAAGACUGCACCCGGAAGAGGUGGAUAUGUGAGCCAAAUAACUUUCAGGAAUCUAGUGUUCAAAAAUGUUGGUGUUGGAAUUGUGAUCAAGACAGAUUACAAUCAACACCCUGUAUCUGGAUACGAUCCUACAAUACUUCCAAUACUCAGUGACAUAAGCUUCACCAAUGUUCGCGGCCAGGGAGUUCGUGUGCCGGUUCGAAUUCAAGGUAGUGAAGAGAUUCCGGUAAGAAAUGUGACUAUCCAGGAUAUGAGGGUUGGAAUAGCCUACAGCUACGUGAACAAGCCUAGGUUCCAGUGUUCCUUUGCCCAAGGUCAGGUGUUAGGCACUGUCUUUCCUGCUCCUUGUGAGAACUUUGAUCAGUACAAUGAGCAAGGGCAGCUUGUUAAGCAAGGUUCCUCCAUGAAUGUAUCAGAUAUAGAUUAUGAAAUUUGACUUGUCUUGUUUUCGGAACUCUCAACCUUUGAGACAUUAAUUAGGCCUCAUUUAAUGUCC